CAGUGGAUCUCCUCGACCUCGAUGCUACUCAUAGAAUGGCUGUUGAUAUAACUUUACUGUUCAAAGCCAGUGUCAAAACGGUCAAAACCCGAAAUAAAGCUAUGGGAGUAGUGUCUGAUUCGCUUAAAGAUGAAAUCUUCAAGAAGAGCAGACCCAAUAAUGGAUUUUCUCUCAAGGCGAAGGAAGUGUUUGAACAGGAGAACCAGAGGCUGGUGAGUGAGAUGAGCAACCUAGUAGAUGAAGUCAGGCAAAUCGAAGGCAAGGUCGUCGAGAUCUCGCGACUCCAGUAGAUUUUUGCGGAGAAGGUGCUAAUGCAAGAAACUGAGAUAGACAGUAUCCAUCAGCUAGUCGUGGGAGCCACUGAAAACAUCAAAGAGGGAAACGAGGACAUCAGAGAGGCCAUCCAAAACAAUGCUGGAUUCCGUGUCUGGAUCCUCUUCUUCCUCAUGUGCUCCUUCUCUCUGCUCUUCCUGGAUUGGUACGACAGCUAACCCCUUGAACCUGGCAGAACCAGGAAGUAAGUGACUUCCAUCAGAAGGAAGUGACAUCAGCCUGGGCCUAGGCCUAAGUGGUUAUCACAUUGAAGUAUAUGGUUGGAUAGACGAAGUGUUGGGUUUAGGACCAGCUUUUCCUACCUGAAGAGAACUGACCCCAGACCUGUGCUUUGAGGACGACUUCACUACUGUCAAACGUACUCGAGCCACUAGAGGACAGUAUAAACGCAUGUUUACAAACGCAGUAAAGCACGCUAUUGGCUGAAUGCAAAGUGCUGUCGUCCACCUGUACUGUGUGUAUACAGCUCUGGAAAAAAGAAAGAGACCACUGCAAAAUUAUUUAGAGGUA